AAGCAGUUAUGCCAACUUUCUUGACAUUCAUAGGCUUGUAGUGGUGAUAAGGAGAGCUUUUGGACAAAAGCAGGUGGAAAAUAUUGAAAGCAUGAAGAUAAAUUGCUAUUGCAAUUUGAGCAAGGUGGUGGAAAGGAUAAAGAAACAACUGAAAGAUGAUGAGUUGAUUGAAUUCAGGAGGACUAUAUUCGGAUGGGUGUUAGAUGUGGAAGACAUGAGAACAAUCAGUGGACAGCUACAUCUCGGCUUUCUGUGCAACUACGUUAAAAAGGUGAAUGACAUCAAAGAGGUAAAUGCCAUAAACUUUCACAUUCAGAACAGCAUGAUUAGUUUUACAAAAAAAGAUUUGUGCAUGGUCUUGGGUUUAAAAUUUGGAGGUGAGAAGCCAGCGAUAGACGAAAAUUUCAGGGGGGAGUUGUGGAGAAAGUAUUUUGGAAACACAACCUGGGUGAAAAGAAGUGAUUGCCAAAAUGCGUUGUUGAAUUACAACACUGAUGACCCUGGAGUUGAAAAAAAUGAUGGAGUUAAACUUGCACUACUCCAUGUGCUGUCAAAUGGUCUUUUUGGCAACCAAGUGGCAAGGGCAUUACCAGCACUUUACGUGAAUUUAGUAGACAAUUUAGAACAAUUUAAUGAAUAUCCAUGGGGGGAUGAUGUUUGGAGUGAGCUAGUGGCUAAUAUGAGGGCUAAUCCGAAGAGUUUAAAGAAAUGCAAGGGGGAUCGCGUUACACUGCCAGGUUGUUUGAUUGCCAUUCAAGUGUGGGCAUUUGAGACCUUCACAGGGCUGGCAAAAGAAGGAAUAUGCAGUCUCAUUCAAGGGCGAGAGACGCGAAUACCAAGGGCAGUGAGGUGGUCAUUUGUUAAGAAACCAUCUAUGGAAACCUUGAGCAACAUAAUUUUCAAGAAUGAACAGGUAUGACUAUUGCCUCUGUUUAUUAUUACUAGAUAUAAAUAUGAUGAACAACUAAUUGAUUUUUUUUAUGCAGUUUGAGUGGCAGCAGAUGGAAGCCACAAAUUUGGAAAUUGAAAAUUUUCCAAAUUUAGUAUGCCAUGAAAGCCAAGAAUCUGAGAAGAUAAACCAGCUGGGAAUUGAUCGUGGAGUUAGGGUUGAGGGAGUGAAGGUAGUUGAAAAAAAAGGGAAGAUCAAGAAAGGAAAAAAGGCAGCAACUGAUAUGAAGAAGAAUAAUUCCAUAGAAGCAAAUGAUGAAUCUGAGGAGGAUAAUGAUGGAAGAGUGGGUUUUGGAAGUGGCAGAAAGGUGGACGUGACUUUGAGAAAUGUCCGAAGAGUUGGAAAGGGUAAUGACAAGAUAUUGGCAGAACUGAGGGAAGUCAGGAAAGCACAGAAGAGGCACGAGACGUUGCUGAAACGUAUACUAUCGCGCAUGGAUAACGUGCAAGAAGAAUGAAGAGACACAGAGUGAAGAUGGAAGCGAGGAAAACAAAGAAAACGAGAGCGCGGAAGAAGGGGAAGAAGAAUUAGAGGGUGGAGAGGUGGAUGAAACAGAAGAUAGUUCAUGUGCAGAAGAUGACAGUGCACCAAUUAGCAGCAUGCCAAAUUAUAAUAUCUUUG